AUGGUUCAAACCUACAAGCUCUUCGGCGCGAACGUCGGCUCGCACUACCUGGCGAUGGGUGUCCUGGGCACAUUGUUCGUGGGCUCAUACGCCGCUCUCGGUGGUAGCAAGCCGAAGCCCGCCACUCCCCCCAUCAACGCUUCCAGCUCCGACGAGGCCGACUUCAUCAAGAAAUUCAUGGAUCAGGCGGAAGCGGACGAGAAGAAGGCGUCGGCAAAAUAG